AACGGUUAGAGAGAAAACAGUUUGUGAUGAAAACAAAAACAGUAAAAAUAAAGUAAAUAAAACAAUGGAGUAAAAUUUUUGUUUUGGAAAGUUUAAAAGAAAAAUUAAAAAAAUAAUAUAGUUAAAAAAGGAAAAAAAGUAGUGUAAAUACGAAUAAUACAAAUAGUUAAAAUUAAUAAGAAAUAAAAGCUAUGGAAAAUAUUGUAUACGUUUUUUGUUUGUGUUUGCCACUAAUUCACCUAUAGAUAAUAAAGGAAAAUUGAAAUCUCGAGCACGUUUUAAAAACAGUAAAUUCAAACUAGACAGUUUAUAAAAUUUUUGGCCGAAUUCCCAAAUUAAUGCCAAGUUAACGAACCAGCCAUAUAUCAAAUAGCUGGCGAACGAGUAAACGUCAUUCAGUUGCUUGUUAAUAUCGUUUGAUGUUGUCGUUGUUCGAGAGACAAGAGACAAGAUAUGGAUGGACGACUUUUGCCAAGUGUUUCGUCACUAAUAUUGAAGUGAAUUGUUUAUAAUUAAGUAUAAACAAACUCAAACUAAAAUUUAUAAUGACAUAAAGGAAAUAACAAACAAAAAAAUAAAUAAAGACGCCAACUGCUGAAAACUGUUAUGUUUUGGUUGUAAAAUUUUGAGUGUUUGCAAAAAAUAGUUAAUAAAAAAAACAAAGUAAAACUGUAUAAAUGAGUGAAAGCCAAAAUAUACCAGCAAAAAUCCCAACAAUUGUUACUUUAAGCUAAUACACUCAUUAAAAAAUGUUUGCUGGCUGGCAAAACAAUAAAAAUUAAAGACAUCUAUCCAUCUAUUUAACAUUUAACGCCGACGCAUUGUGGAUUUACCUUUAAAUAAUAAAACAACUUUAAGCACUUUUUUGUUGCCACCGAUAGAUAACAAGAGAAAGAGCAUAAUAUAAACGUUUUGAAAAAUUUGAGUAUUUAAUCGUGAAAGUGUACAUAUAUUAAUUCAUGUUCAAAUCAUAAUCGUGAAAAAGAGUGAAUGGAUGGAGUGCGCGCAUGCUAGUUGGUCAUUUUUAGUGAUUCACUGAAAUCAGUUGAUAUUGAAAAUUAUAACGGUUAAGACGUAAAAAUUUAAAACACUUGAGCUCCGUUAAAAAUGCUCAUAAAAGUGGCGCGAUUGAAUGAAUGCAACAACAAACACUCUCAACUGAUUGAGCGAAUAACAUAUGACAGGUGUUGAAAAUUGUUUUUGUUUAACUAAACAAUUAAAACAAACAAAAGCUAUUAAACGAUAACGUAAUAUUAUAUGUGUCAUCAGACUUAAACUUAAACCACUUUAAAAAAGAAAACAAAAAAUAAAAAUUACUCUCGUUUUACUGGCCUUAAUCAACGCGAUUUAAAAACAAAAUGCACCAGUCUAUAAAUUUGUUGCUGUCAAUAUUCUGUUUGCUGUCAUUAUCAACAUCGCUAACUUUAUCGUCAUCAUCGCCAUCAUCAUCAUCUUCAUUGCAGUCAAACGAUACACAAAAAUCUAAAAAUGAAAAUAGUUUAACACCUGAAGAAUCACUGAAUAGAAAAUUUGCAUACAGUCCGGCAAAUCAUACAGAAUAUGUAAGAGCUGUUAGAGAAUCUAUAAAAGAAUAUGAAUUAUAUCGGCGAAGAGUCAAACCAUCUAGAGUUAAACGCGCCGCCAAACGUGUAUGUUAUGGAGAAUUGGGUUGUUUUGAAGAUUCUGGUCCAUUCGCUUAUCUGGAAAUGCUACCAUCACCUCCCGAAGAAAUCAAUACGAAAUUCUUUUUCUAUUCGACUAAGAAUAGAUCUGACCGACCGUUAAUGGAAUUGCCCUUUCUCAAUAUGACAGAAUCGUUUAAAACUACAAAAACUUAUAUUAAGAAAAGAGGUCUAAAUGAUACAGAAAUUCCAGAUGUAACCACUGAAGGUCCUCAAGCAACCACAUUACCACCAAGAAAAACUACGUUUCGAAAAGCUCCUAUAACUCUGGACAAUCUAGAUGGUUUUGAUGAAAUGUCUGUGCGUAUUAUAGUGCAUGGUUUCGGUUCAGCCUGUCCCCAUGUAUGGAUAUAUGAAAUGAAAACGGCUCUUAUGGCUGUGGAAGAUUGUAUUGUUAUAUGUGUCGAUUGGGAAAAUGGUGCUACAUUUCCCAACUAUGUAAGAGCAGCUACAAAUACACGUUUAGUGGGUAAACAAUUGGCCAUGUUGAUCAAGAAUUUACAGCAAUAUAAAGGACUUAACUUGUCACGCACCCAUAUUAUUGGCUUCAGUUUGGGUGCUCAUGUUUCGGGUUUUGCGGGUGCUGAACUACCAGGUUUAGCUCGCAUAACAGGCUUAGAUCCGGCUGGACCUCUCUUUGAGGCUCAACAUCCCAAAGUUCGUUUAGAUAAUACUGAUGCCGAAUUUGUAGAUGUUAUACAUUCGAAUGGAGAGAAUUUAAUUUUGGGUGGCUUGGGUUCUUGGCAGGCUAUGGGAGAUGUAGAUUAUUAUCCCAAUGGUGGUAGAGUACAAAAUGGUUGUUCUAAUUUAUUUGUAGGAGCUGUUACGGAUUUUAUAUGGUCGGCCCAAACUGCCGAAGAGGAAGAAGGUCGUUCUUUGUGUAACCAUCGUCGAGCCUAUAAAUUCUUUAUAGAUUCUGUAGCUCCACGCUGUUUGUUUCCGGCAUUUCCUUGUGCCAACUAUGAUGAUUUCCUGAAAGGAAAAUGCUUUCCCUGUGCUCAAGAUGAUGAAGAUGUGGCCGAAGGUGUGCCUCGCUGUGGCAACAUGGGUUAUUAUGCUGAUCGCUCUUCGGGCAGGGGUCAAUUGUAUUUGGUUACUCGCGAAGAAGAACCAUUUUGUGCUCAUCAGUUCCAAUUACAAAUCUUUAAUUCAUUUAACGAUUUGCCACUGAGAACAAUUGGACGUUUGGAGGCUAUUUUGGAAGGUGAAGGUGGCUUAAAUGAAACUUUUAAAAUAUCAGAAAAAGACGACUCCGAAUUCUUUGCUGGUGAUAUUGUCUCAAAAAUCAUAGUGCCUCAUCCAGCACUAGGAUUUCCUACAACUCUUAGUCUCAAUUACAAACCCUAUAGUGGUUGGCUAUCCAAAGGUUUGCCGCACUGGGAUAUCGACAAAGUCAUACUUACCGAUAGUUAUGGUCAAAGUUAUUCCUUGUGCAAAACUAAUACAAAAUUAUCUACAGGAGCACCAGUUCGCAUAAAACUAAAGCCAGGCAAUUGUGAAUUGGAUAAUCAAGAUGAAUAUGGUGCCUUUACAAGUAAACCACCCACUGAAGUACCCGAUUCCACGGGUCAAGAAAGUGUCAAUUUGCCAGAGUCAGAUGCUAUUGAAACCAUUAAGAAACGUAAAAAUUUCCUAAAUUUAGGAACAAGUUUUAAAUUGGAAGAAAAUCAAUCGUAUCCCUUAGACGACUCGGACGAUUUACCUUGGCAGCCCAUACUGGAAGGAAAUUCGUUAGACAAAGAUCUAGUUGAGACUAGUCGCAGUUUUUCCUCACAACCAGAGGAAAUAUUUGAGCCGGUAUUAAAUGACAAACGUUUAAAUGUGAACAGGGGACGUAAUUUGAACGAAGAAAUUGUAGAACCUUUACUAAAAGCCACCACACCUCGGAUGAAAAAAGGUAAAGAAAUAAAGUUGACUGAUCCCGUGGUUGUUGAAAACCCCGAAAAACAUGAACUUAUAAAAAUAACCACUAUAACAAAAGCUGACAGGCCAAAAUCUCACACAGAGGAACAAACAAUUACAGUUCAAUUGUUUCCCUUUCGCUUGGGAGAACUUUUGCAAAGAGCUGAACGUUAUGCCAGAGAAACAAUAUUGCCUCUAAUAUCUGUGCAAGCACCAAGAUUUUUUGGUUUUAAUUUUGCUCCUAAUGAGAACAGUGUUAAAAGUGAAACCAGAAAACCCCGUUAUAUACCGAGAUUCGAAGAUACUUUAAAUACGAAUACAACAAAAAAUCAAACAAAAUCUGUUGUUACAAAGAAAACAACAGAUUUACAAUCAUCCGAAACUAGAGAGCAGAGAAAUAUUUUCCAGAUGUUAAGACCAACGACUUUAGCGACAUUACAGCUUGAAAAUAACGAACAAGAAGCUCAAGAAUCGAAAAAUGAAGUUUCUUACUACACGAAUGUAUUGCUAACAAAUGCACGUUCCUUAAAGCCAGAAGAUCCUGCGUAUGAACCGGUAUUUAUAGAUUUGCCCACAUUUAGACCACCUAAAGCAAGAAUGGUGCGUUCUGCUUCAGCUUUCAGAAGGAGAAUAUUAAUACAACCUUAGUUAUUUCUUUAGUUUCUUAACAUUACUUAGUUUAAUUUUAAAAUUAAUUGAAAUCUUUUAAAAGCUUUUCAUAUGUUACUGCUUAGCAGUAAAAGGGAAAAGCCAUAUGUAAUGAUAUGUGAUAUUUAAGAAAAUUAUUGGCGUUAUUUAAAUUUUAUUUACACAGAAAAGUAUAUUUUUUCAUAUAUUGCGCCAUUUAUAUAGCUCAAAAGUGGUAAUUUUUUCUACAAUUGUUUUUUAUAUUUAUUAUAAAUAAGUUUGAAGACAUUUAUAGCUAUUAAGUAUUUAUUUACAAUGAUUUUUAUUUUUAUAUUAUUUUUUUUGUACAUAAUACUCUAUAAUUAGUAAAUGUUAAAAUAAGAUUUUUUUAAAUUAACACAAUAUGUAUGUAAUGUAAAUGUUCAUAUCGUAUGCAAUUUUAUUUAAUAAAAUAUAUUUGUAUAAAAAACAUUAUUUAAGAAAGUAA